AAACAAAAAUGUCUAUUCCAGCAUUAUCGGGAAAAGCUUUUUUUUUAAUUACUGGUGCUAGUCGAGGAAUCGGUAAACAAAUUGCAAUAUCGUUUGGUCCAUUACUGCAAGAAGGAUCAUACGUACUUUUGUUAGCAAGCAAUCUAAAUGCUUUAAAGGAAACAGCUGCACAGUUACCUUCAAAUUUAAUUGUCGAUUAUGCUAGUGUCGAUUUGGGAACGGCAACGAAAGAUGAUCUUAAAAAAGUCAUAAUAUCAUCUUUGAAAGGAACUGAUCCUAAAGAAUUUGAUAGAGUUAUUCUUGUGCAUAAUGUUGGAACAUCCGGUGAUGUUUCAAAAUUUACCAACGAUAUGAUGGAUAUAAACGUAUGGAGGAAAUAUUAUGAUCUUAAUAUGUUCAUACCUAUUAUACUAAAUGGAUUAAUGAUGGAGAUAUUUGAUAAAAAAACCGAUACUAAAAAGCUAAUCAUUAAUAUCACUUCUUUACUUGCUAAAUUACCGUUUGCAUCAACUGGGUAUUAUUGUUCUGUAAAAGCAGCAAAAGAGAUGUUUUUUAAGGUGUUUGCGUUAGAAUAUCCUGAAGUAGACGUGUUAAAUUACUCACCCGGUCCUGUAAAAACUGAUAUGUUAGAUGAUUUUAGUAAAAAUCUUGCUAACAAAGAAUUUCGACAAACUUUGACUAGUAAUAAAAUUUUAACAACGGAAGAAUCGGUUACUCGUCUUAUAGAAGUAUUGAAAGAUCAUCAAUAUAAAUCUGGUGACCAUGUCGAUUAUUUUGAUGAAAAAUAAAGCAAAUUAUUAUGGUAUUACAUGGAAAAAUAAAAAAUGGGUAUAUUAUGGAUAAUAUAAAUAAAUAAAUAAAGAAUAUCAUUUUAAAAUAAUAUCUUUUUAAUAAGAAAUUUUACAGCUUAAUAUACAGAAUAAGAUAAAAGUUGUUUUCUAUAGAAAUUUGUUUAUGUAAAUAAUUUGUUCAUGCGACAAUAUAUGGUUACAGCUGUACAACUUUUGGUUUUGUUCCACCAUAUGUAAAUCAGUAAUUAAGUGUCGUCUAUUAUGAAUAAUUUAUGUGAAUAAAUGUAGAAAAGUUAAUAUA